CUCUCGCUCUCUGCAUUCUCAAGAAUGGAAAUUUGAAUUCAAAUAUUAUUCUAAAAUACAUACAUACAUAUAUCUCUAUAUAAAUUCUGUCCCUCCCCCGUCAUGUCGUCCAAUUACGUCAAACGAAUUACUCUGUUCAAGAUUCCCAAGGAGGAGGAUGUUUCAGCACUUCUCGAGCAGUACGAUAUCCUACGAUCCACGGCGACCAAGAAUGGAGCGCCUUAUAUCGUCUCGAAUGAGGCCCAUCGCAUCGCAAACCACACCGAAGAACGAGCUCAAGGUUAUACCCUAGUGUCCAUAACAGUCUUCAAGUCUGAAGAAGACUUUGUUUACUACGACAAGGAAUGCGCUGCACACGCCAAGUUGCGCGAGUUUGCUACGGCAAUUCGAACAGGCUUUGCGACCUUGCGAUUUGAAAGCAACCUGGCGUAGCGAAGGCUAGCCAAAGUUCAUAAUCAAAACCCCGUUUACUUGACCCUCUCUUAUCUGUUAAUCCGCAAGACGUUAUUGAUCACGCUGUGUCUUUUCAUGAUAUGGUUCCAUUGCAGAAUAUGUCGUCCUAUAUAAAAGCCUACAUCAGCUGCAGACGUGCCAACCGAUGCAAAGAAUCC